UCUAUGCUUUGGCUUUCCUACGAUCUAAUUCUUUUGCAGCUUCUUGCUCGGUCACUCUUACCUUGACAGCUACAACUAUCUAUCUACGACUAAACUUUUUGGCGAGCUUGUUGCUGUAUUUCCAUUUCAAAAAAGUAAUCACUCGAGCUCUACCACAAGACAAAAAGAUAAGGACGAAGAACAUCUUUGAGGUGGCAAUAAACGUCGUCUAUCUAAAAAUGGAGGAUACAGCCAAAGUAAAUGAAAAGAUGCGGCUUCGGAUCGACCUGUGUCGUAUCGAAUCUUGUCUUGAUCUUGACGCAGAAGAGGCAAAUUGGACGAAAUGGAAAGCAACAAUGUUUGGCACUCCGUGCCAGCCGAUGCCGAACAAAGCCACGUUGGAGGGCACGACCAACGCCCAAUCUUCACAGAAAAUAGCAACCCUCAAAUUCUAUAUUGCUCGCCACAUCGGUGAGUGGACGCGUAUGGAUGUGGUGAUGUUUUGCGAUGGGGAGACUCAGGACCUCUACGAGAUGUCUGAGGCCAUCUUUCUCUCCGAAAAUCACCCAGGAUUCCAAGGAUCACUGAGAUUGAAGCCGUGGAACGGUGCGGCCUCCGGCGAGGCGAGCGUAGAGAUCGAGAACUUGAUUUGCGUCGACGAGUACAGACUCUGAGCCUUGGCUUACUGAUUUUUUUGUUGUUUCGCUCGUGAAGAAUCUGAAUCUGUCCUGCCGCUCUCUUUUCUUUCUAAGUACUUUCGCUCGUUCUUCGCAACCACCGCAGCAAUAUUCGUAUGUACUGCUUUUGUAUUGCCGUGUUCAUUAUAUGACCUAUGAAUUGAAUUAUGUGUAGUAUAUGUUCUAUGAAUAUAAAAGAUUUCGAUUUCCGCAUGUUACCUAUACCAUGUAUUACAUUUUUUCAGGCUGAAAGUGGAGGCUGGAUUUCAGGGGAUGAAUUACGAUUUUCUUUUGCUGCACGAGGUGAUCAAGCAGCAGGUCCCGACUUUCUUUAAUCUGAGCGGCACCGUUGUGUCGUACAUGGACGCGGAUGAGGCUCCCGAGAGGAAGAGCGCUUACGAAAGCAUGGGCUUUCGCCGUAUAGCGGAGACUGACUACUGGGCAUUGCAUUUGCACGCGAGUACGGACAUAUUCACACCGCGUCCGGCUCCGAAGGUGAAGGAAUUUUGCCCAGGGCUGUGCGGCGAUGGGGGGGAACCGCCCGAGGUUGAAAUUGACUAUGUGGCGGACACUGAGGACGAGCCAGAGACACCUAGUAAACAGACCCCGAGCCCGGUCGCGUCACCGGCUGGAAGAUCGGUGGUGUCGCCGGAGGAAACGAUGCCUUUGCCGGACCACCUUGCCCGGCUCGUGCCAGAAGGUGACCCUAUCGCUCGCGUUCGGGUGCCGAAGACGGGAAUCGUUUACCAAAGGGGACAAUCGAUCUGUUUUGCGCCGCGUGAAAGCAGUCAAGAGGUUAUCAACAACUUGCAGAUGGAAAAAGAAUACUGGAAAAACCGGGCUCUUAGGCUUGAAGCUGCAGGUGUGAAGGCGACCAAAAUCUUGCAAGAGGCCCUGCAAGAGUCCCGCGAAGGCGAAGCGACGGAGUCCGCAAGAAAGCGACAGCGACUGGACAACUAA